CGUCAGCUUGACUCGUGUCCAGUAGGUUUCUACGGCUUCUCGUUGUCGUGUGUUGUGUGACAAGGUGUCUUUGUCCUCAGAGGAUACCUCUACCUGUCCUCCAGGUGAGGACGCAGCAUGGACAAAGUGAGGAGGGUCCUGGUCCACGUCUGUAAGGACCAAUCAGCUCCUCAGCGAGCUCAGUUUGUCCAGAGUGUGACGGGUCACUUCAGUGACGGAGGAGACGACGAGGUGGAGGUGAGCUGCUCUUUGGAGAGGAAACAGUUCGUCCUUUUCAGAGGAGACGGAAGACGGGGGACGCCUCUGAAGAGGCCCGCCUUCUGUCCCAUCAAACACCUGUCAGUCUCGCAGUCGGCCGCGAUCCCAUUGGACGUUCAGCGGCGUGGCGUUGACGUGGGCGUGGCCAUCAUCCUGCAGACGGCCAAUCGGAGGGUGCUGUUGACACGGCGGGCGAAGGAACUUCGCAUUUUUCCCAACGUCUGGGUCCCUCCAGGCGGCCAUCUUGAGCCAGAGGAGACGCUGCUGGAAGCCGGCCUCCGGGAGCUGAAGGAGGAGACUGGACUGGACCUGGAACCGGAGGGAGUGUCUCCAAAGAUACUGGGACUCUGGGAGUCGGUGUAUCCUCCCAUGCUGUCCAGAGGUCUCCCUCAGAGACAUCACAUCGUGGUCUACAUGCUGCUGCUCUCUCGUCUGUCUCACCUGCAGCUUCAGGCGUCUCUGAGGCCGUCCCCCGCUGAGGUCAGCGCCUGUUUGUGGGCCGACAGGCAGCUGGUGGGGGCCGUGGUGUCCUCAGUGGACGCAGAGGACGGACACGUCCCACUGCACCACCUGCAGGGCAGUGUCAGUGUGUCUCAGGUCUUCUCCGAUGGAGCUCUGAGCGAGGCCGCUCUGCCUCUGGAGGUUCUGCUGGGCCGGGCGCCGGCCUGCGGGCCGGACGUGGAGCGAGUUAGCACCGGGACCAAGUUUGCUCUGGAGCUGUGGCUGAAGAGCCUGGAGGACCUCCGACCUCUGACCCCUCCUGAGAAGAUGCUGUAACCCCGGCGGCCUCCAGCAGGAAGGGGCAGGAACACUUUGGAGCUUCACUGGUUUUAUUAGGAUUCAUAGUUUGCAAAAUAAAAGCUCACAUUGUGUUCAUA